GGCUUUGUGCGGGGGUGGGGAGGCCCAUUGGCUCAGAUGGGAGGACCAAGUCCUGAAAGCUAUGACUCAGUGGUAAACCUGAGUCCAGUCUCUUGACCCUUACUGACCCAAGUGCCCUGGGGCUUGUCCCCAGUUGGCCACACCUCUGUGUGCCCCAGUACCUAGAUUACCCAGCUGCAUUUCAAGGAUGCCAGAGGCUGCCAUGCUUCUGUCAGAGCAGACAAUUCACUUUACCCUGGAAGGGAUGGGACUACCCCUCUCCAGCAAACUAUGUCUGGGCCUAGAAAAUCAUCCAUGGAAUGAGGAUUUUCCCUGUGGAGGUGAGGUUUCCCAGGCCUGCCUAACCUGAGUUUAACCUAUGACUGGGGGAGAGCAGGAGCUUGAAUUCUGAAAUUGUGGCAGGUCAGGACCAGAGAUAAGGCUCUCAAGACUGUGUUUAGGGCCCUUCCACAGGCUAAAGUUUUCCACCAGGCCUGUGGAGAGAUGGGCGGGGCCUCCUUUUAGGCUGGACUCCAGUUUCCAUGGAAACCCACAGGCUUCCCACCCCAACGCUGCCGCCUGGGCAAGCUCCCAGCCCAGGCCUCAUCCCACACCAACUUCUCCCCUGGACUACUGGCGCUCAGGCCUCAGCCUCUCCAGGUCCCCUACCUCUACCCCAACCAUAUCUAUCCCUAUUCCUGAGCCUCUCUUCAUCCCUAAACUGUAGUUUCUCAGUAAACAGGCUUCCUGAGCUCCUGCCUCUCUCAGGCCUUUCUAAUCUCCUCACCAGCUCUAAGGCCUGGCCAGGCCUCCCACAGACCAACAAACAGCAGCAGACCUCUUAAACCACUCCGCUUUCUUUUUCUCCCUGCCCCACUCCAUGCAUGGAGAAUCCAGGACUAGUUGUGCAUGGGCAGACUGCUUCCUUUUCCACAGCACUUCGAAGUCUUGUCAACAACCCCCAAUACAGUGAUGUUUGCUUUGUGGUCGGUCAAGAACGGCAGGAGGUAUUUGCCCACCGGUGCCUGUUGGCCUGUAGAUGCAACUUCUUCCAGCGACUGCUGGGCACAGAACUGGGCCCCGGGAUGCCUAGUCCUGUGGUGCUAAGCACUGUGCCAGCUGAGGCCUUCUUGGCAGUGCUGGAAUUCCUGUAUACCAACAGUGUCAAGCUGCACCGCCACUCUGUGCUGGAGGUGUUGACGGCAGCUGUGGAGUAUGGGCUAGAAGAACUGCGAGAGCUGUGUCUGGAGUUUGUGGUGAAGGUGCUGGACGUGGAAUUGGUUUGUGAGGCUCUGCAGGUGGCUGUAACCUUUGGCCUGGGGCCGCUGCAGGAGCGGUGCAUAGCUUUCAUAGAAGCCCACAGCCAGGAGGCGCUCCGGACCCGUGGCUUCCUGGAGCUGUCGGCCGCUGCGCUGCUUCCCCUGCUGCGCAGCGACAAGCUCUGCGUGGACGAGGUCGAGCUGGUCCGGGCAGCCUGGAGCUGGGCGCGCGUAGGCGCGGCGGUGCUGGAGCGGCCUGUGGCUGAGGUGGCGGCCCCGGUGGUGCCAGAGCUGAGGCUGGCCUUGCUGGCCCCGGCGGAGCUGAGCGCCCUGGAAGAGCAGAACCGGCGGGAGCCGUUCAUCCCGGUGAGGACGCGGGGAGCCAGGCUCAGAUCAACUCCGCAACGUGGGGACCCGGAGCUAGGGGUGCGGUUCUGCCCAGUGUCUCCCUGGCGAAGAGGCACUGCAGGGCUGCGCGGUGACCCGCCUUCCCCUGUAGGUGGAGCAGAUCGUGGAGGCGUGGAAAUGUCAUGCCCUGAGGAGAGGGGAUGUGGCCCGGGGAGCAUUGUGCCGCCGACGGAGGGGGACCCUGCCCCGGGAGCACCACCGCUUUCUGGACCUGCCCUUCAAGUAACUCAAGGCCGUGACUAGAGAGGAAUUCCUGUCCUACUCAAAACUGCAGUUCCCAACGUGCUCUGCGGUUGGAGCGGGCUUCCGCUCCCAGCAUGCCGCGCCUUCCGGGAGCCGGAAGGCUUGUUCUCGGGUGCCGCGCCUUGUGCGAGACGACCGGCCUAGGGCGGGGCUGUGAGAAGAGUGCUGGUCCAGUGCCUUCUCACGAUGGCGAAAUCUAAAAGCGAGGGUUUCUUUCACUCCACGGCGGGGCACUCUCGUGCGCAGGUGUACUCUGAUUGCGCCCACGUGUCUAUUCGGUCCAGCCUCCUCUUUAAUAAUAGCUCUUCCUCCUGGAGAUCGUUCCUUGAGUGCCCCACAGACACCUCAGUGCACAAUCGAGCUCCCCGUCUUUCCCCCCAGCACUGUCCCGGUUCUGUUUCUCAUUUCCGUGACCGCCCACGCCGGAAACUUGGACGUCAUCAUUGCCCCAUCCCUCUCCCUCGCACUUGCCUCAGGUCUUUCUACUUAAAAGAUCUUUCCAGAUGUUUCAGUCUUUAGCCUAUCCUGCCUAUCACGUCUUAUAACCCUUCUUGUCUUCACCCCUCAAUCGAUUUCCCACAUGCAGUCAGCCCUAUCAGAUUGUCAAGUCGAUUUCCCUUAAGUCCCUCAACAUCCCUAAUACACUCGCUGGACAUUCAAAACUA